AUGAGCAAAACAAAUAAAGUUGUGUGGUCAGAUGAAAUAUUAUACUUUAUUAUCAAGUAUAUUAAAGCUGCACCUUAUAUAUGGGAUCCAUCCCAUCCAUUAUACAGUUUCAAAGCGAAAAAAGCUAAAUUCUGGCCGCGGCUGGCUGAAAAAGUAAACAAUUGCUGUGAUUUUUAUUUAAACACAGCUGUUACAAAGGAGGCGCUGCAGAAGAAAUGGACAAAUAUGAAAACGUACUACUUUUUUGAGGAAAGCAAGUCCAGAAACACAAGCGCAGAAGCGGAUAAUCUCAGCAGCACCUGGAAAUUUAGAUCCACACUAUCUUUCCUGAAUCCAUCCAUGGAUAAGUCGUCACAUACACCGGCUCCAAGUGCCAAUGAAAGUGAGGUGUCCAAUGAUGAUCCUUUAGCCACCCGUAAUGUUACCAUAAAAGAAGAACUUUCCGAGGUGUCGUUUAAUGAAGAUGAAGAAAGUGUACCUACACCCUCACCUUCUCCCACACCACCACCCAGUAAACGUCCGAAGACAUGCUCCGAUACAAAUGUGAGAUUGAACCAAACCAACUAUUAUCAUUAUGGUAUGACUAUAUCACAAGAUCUAGAUCAGCUGGAUGAGGAGUAUAGAACGGAGGCUAAGUUGGAAAUAAUGCAAAUUAUUGCCAAAUUCAAAAGAGAACAGUUGUUAAAUAAAACUACAAACUAA